AUGUCAGAACCUGAGAGACCAACAUUUGAUAUUGCCGUACCAUCCACCGAUCCAGAGAAGAAAGAUGAGGAUAAACCAAAAGCCAACGGUGAUUUGAAAGGCAAAGGUAAAGAUGAAAGUGAAAAAGAUGAAUUUACAGAUAUGAGCGAGGAAGAUUUGCAAUUGAAAGCUGAAUUGGAGAUGCUCGUGCAACGUUUGAAAGAAUCGGAAACAGACUUGUAUUUACCGGCACUCGAAUCACUCAGAACGUUGAUUAGAACGUCUACUAGCUCAAUGACAUCUGUUCCCAAACCGUUGAAAUUCCUCAGACCGUUCUAUGAAGAUUUAGGCAAAGUUAGAGAAUCCUGGGAUGAAGGAUUAAAGGAGCAAAGGUCACUUCUUGCAUCGAUCUUAUCAGUACUAGCGAUGACUUACUCUGAUACUGGUAAACGUGAAACAUUAUAUUAUCGAUUAUUAUCAGAAUCAAAUGAAGCGCCUGGAUUGUGGGGACAUGAAUAUGUCAGACAUUUAGCAUCUGAAUUAGGAGAAGAGUACAACUCAAAUUAUGCAGCUGAAUUAGAAAUCGACGCUUCUUCCGAAAUCGAAAAACCAGAAGGAUUGAAAUAUACAACAGAACAACUUAAAUCAUUAUCGUUGGAAUUAGUCUCCUUCUUCCUGAAACAUAACGCAGAAGCGGAUGCUGUUGAUAUCUUGCUAGAAUUGGAAAAUAUAUCAGCAAUUAUCGAAUUAACAGAUGAUAAAACGUAUGAAAGAGUCUGUAGAUAUAUGGUUAGUUGUGUGCCGUUAUUGGUUCCCCCAGAUGAUUCAGCUUUCUUGGAGACUGCUUCCAAGAUAUACGCCAAAUAUGAUAGAUAUCCCGAAGCUAUCGCUCUUUCUGUCAGACUCAACAGUCCUUCGCUUAUCCGAGAAUACUUUGAGGCCCCCAAAAACCCGGUAAUGAAAAAACAACUCGCCUACUUCCUCGCUCGAGCCCAAAUACCUCUUCAUUGGGUUCACACUGCUGAAGGCACAGAGUCAGAAGGAGAAGACCAACCGCCUACUCAGCCAGACGACGUACUCGAGUGUCUUGGAAACGUCAAACUCUCCACUCAGUUCCGAGGUUUCGGUAAAGCUGUUGGUGUAGAAGAACCUCGUGCUAUCGAAGACAUCUACAAAGCUCAUUUGGAACCAACUCGGACUGCACAAACUGCCGAUUCAGCUCGACAAAAUCUCGCUUCCACUUUCGUGAAUGCCUUUGUGAAUGCUGGUUUCGGCAACGAGACUCUCAUCGCUAAUGCUCAAGAAGGUCAAAGUUGGAUCUACAAGAACAAGGAUCACGGACAAAUGUCAGCUGCUGCAUCAGUUGGAUUGAGUUUACUAUGGGACACCGAAUCAGGUAUAGAUCACAUCGACAAGUACACCUAUUCUUCUGAAGAACACAUUAAAGCAGGUGCUUUACUAGCUACCGGUAUUUUCCAUGCUGGAAUUCGAACUGAAACCGAUAUUGCCUACGCUCUUCUCGAAGAACACGUAGACAGCAAGAGUUUAUCGUUAAAACUCAGCGCUAUAAAUGGUUUAGGUAUAGCGUAUGCUGGAUCAGGUAGAAGAGACAUAGCGGAAAAGCUCCUUCCACACGUAGCAGACGAAACGAAUACAAUGGAAGUAGCUGCUAUGGCUGCUUUAGCUCUCGGUUUUGUUUUCGUUGGGUCAGGGGAUGGAGAGAUCGCCAGUGCUAUCUUGCAGACUAUGAUGGAAAGAGAAGAAGCCCAAUUAGCAUCUGAGUGGACUGUAUUCAUCUGUUUGGGUUUGGGUUUAUUAUUCUUGUCCACACAAGAAGAUUCUGAACCUACUGUCGCAACCCUCAAAGUCAUCGAGCAUCCUGUUGCUUCUAUCGCCGAGACAAUCGUGGAUGUAUGUGCUUACGCAGGUACUGGUAACGUCCUAAAGAUACAGCAAAUGCUCCAUCUUUGCGCAGAACACGCCGAGAAACCCACUAAAAAGGAGGCACAAUCUGGUGAAGGUGCUGCUGUACCUGCUGAUGGAGAAGGACCAGCAGCUGCAGCUGUUGCGGACGCCGAAGGGGACGUGAACAUGUCAGGGGAGACAACAGGUCAACCCAUCACUGCUCCUACUUCUACUGGUGAGACUGCUGCUCCUGUGGCCGAGGGUGAAGGUGAGACCGCAGAUAAAGAAGAAAAAGAUAAAGUGGAUUCACUCAAAUAUCAAGCCUUUGCUACUAUCGGUAUAGCAUUGAUUGCUAUGGGAGAAGAUGUUGGUGCUGAGAUGGCUCUACGGCAAUUCCAACAUUUGAUGACAUAUGGUGAUCCCGUCAUUCGAAAAUCAGUUCCUCUCGCCCUUGGUCUUAUAUCAGCUUCCAACCCUCAAUUAUCCAUUCUCGAUACACUGUCGAAAUACUCUCACGACUCGGACUUGGAGGUAGCCAUAAACUCUAUCUUCGCAAUGGGUUUAGUAGGAGCCGGUACAAACAAUGCUAGAUUGGCUCAAAUGUUGAGAGGUCUCGCUACGUAUUAUGCUAAAGAACCAGAUUGUUUCUUCAUGGUCAGAAUAUCUCAAGGUCUCGUGCAUAUGGGUAAAGGUACAAUCGGUAUCAACCCUUAUUUCAGUGAUGGACAAGUAAUGAGUCGAACGGCCGUUGCUGGUUUAUUGGCUACUAUAGUAUCAUUCACGGAUGCCAGAAAGUUCGUUCUUGACAAACAUCACUGGCAAUUAUUCUGGCUUGUAACGGCCAUGUACCCGCAAUUCCUCAUCACAUUGGAUGAAGAGUUAGAGGAGAAACCUGUCACAGUCAGAGUAGGACAAGCUGUCAACACGGUUGGAUUAGCAGGAACAAGACAUGGUAUCAGUGGGUUCCAAACUCAUCAAUCACCAGUGAGAAUCGGUACAGGAGAAAGAGCAGAAUUAGGUACAAACGAAUUCUUCCCUUAUCAAUCUGUUUUGGAGGGAUUGGUCAUCUUGAAAAAGAACGAGCAAUACGAUGCUCAAGACCAUCAAAACUAA